AUGCAGCCAUUUAAAGAGUCUAAAGCAGCAAAGUGGAUCCUACCUGUGUUUGGGAACAAUGGCUCUGCAGCCCUAAUAGAAUGUGGAUCAGAGGGAGAUGAGCCUGGAGGCUGGGAUACUGGAGAUGAUGGUGGCCUGGACCUGACUGGUGACAGUAGGAAGGAGGAUUGGUUCCUAAGUCUGACUGAUGUGACUCUAGCAACAUCUCUUCAUCUCUCUCCAGACUUUCACCAGCGAGUUAACGGAUCUGCUCGUCCCUUACGGUAUUUUUCAUCCCUUCUGCUCCUCCUUGAGGAGUCUCUGAUCCCCACUCCUGGGGCCAACCCAAGGCCAAAGCUAACGGGUGAUGAUGGAGAUACGAGUGCCUUCAACAUCUCCUACACCAACUUCUUCCUGGUGGGCUUCCCUGGAUUGCGAGAGUGGCGGCCCCUCCUGCUCCUGCCUCUUACCUUCCUUUAUGUGAUGAUCAUCUCUGCCAAUGCCCUGGUCAUCCACACGGUGAUGGCCCAGCGGAGCCUGCAUCAGCCCAUGUACAUGCUCAUCGCCCUGCUCCUGGCUGUCAACAUUUGUGCUGCCACAGCCGUGAUGCCCAAAAUGCUGGAGGGCUUUGUGCAUUAUACUAACCCCAUGUCACUGCGUGGCUGCCUGGCCCAGAUGUUCUUUAUCUACUUCACUCUCCUUCUGGACUACAAUAUCCUGCUGGCCAUGGCCCUAGACCGCUAUGUAGCCAUCUAUCACCCACUCCGCUAUACUGAUCUGAUGACUUCCCGCCUGCUCCAUGUCCUGGCCAUUCUGGCCCUGACACGGAGCCUGGGAGUGGCAGUGCCUUUGGUGGUGCUAACGUCACGAGCUCGAUUUUGUCAGACAAUGGUGAUUCGACACUUUGCCUGUGAGUACAUUGCACUGCUGAGCAUAGCUUGUGGAGACUUGACUUUUAACAAUAGGUUAGGACUGGCCAUGCGGUUGGUCACUGUGAUCUUUGAUCUAGCCCUGCUAGGGACCUCCUACACCCGCAUCAUCUAUGCUGCCUUCCGGAUCUCUUCCAAGUGAGCCCGAGCCAAGGCCUUGCACACAUGUGGCUCCCACUUAUUGGUCAUCCUCACUAUCUACCUCUCUGGUCUCUCCACCUCCAUUGUCUUCCGAGUGGCCAAGACUGUGUCUCAGGAUGUCCAGAACCUGCUCAGUGCCAUCUACUUGCUGCUCCCCGGAGCCUUGAAUCCGGUCAUUUAUGGUGUGCGAACCAUGGAGAUCCGGCAACAUGUGGAAAAGAUGCUAUAUGGGAAGAAAUCAGCCCAGGAAGUUGGGGAGAAGCCAGAGACGGCAGAAUAUGAGAGUGUAGGGGCAACUGCUAGAGUGAGAGGACUUUAUUACUGA